CCACAAAUCCCAGUUCCCAAUACCAAAACCAACCAUGGAGAAUGGAACCCAUGUGAACCAUCAAGGAGGAGGAGGAGGAGGGCUAGUGGACACGACCGCUACAACAAUCACCAUUAAAGGCAUUCUGAGCUUGCUGUUGCAAAAUGUUGAUGAAGAUGAGAGCAAGAAGAGGCUGAUUUCAUUGGGUAUGGGAGACCCAACUGCUUUUUCUUGCUUCCACACAACCCAUGUUGCUCAAGAAGCUGUUGUUGAUGCUAUCCAAUCUGACAAGUUCAAUGGCUAUGCUCCCACUGUGGGUCUUCCUCAAACCAGAAGAGCAAUUGCUGAAUAUUUGUCCAGGGAUCUUCCAUACAAUCUAACAUCGGAUGAUGUUUUCAUCACAUCGGGUUGCACACAAGCAAUUGAUGUCUCAUUGGCAAUGCUUGCUCGCCCGGGUGCAAAUAUCUUGCUUCCAAGACCAGGCUUCCCUAUUUAUGAACUUUGUUCUGCAUUUAGAAAUCUUGAGGUUCGGCAUUUUGAUCUCUUGCAAGAUUGUGGCUGGGAGGUUGAUCUCGAUGCUGUUGAAGCUCUUGCCGAUCAGAACACAGUUGCAAUGGUAAUUAUAAACCCCGGAAAUCCUUGUGGGAAUGUGUACAGUUACCAACAUUUGGAGAUGAUUGCUGAAACUGCAAAGAAACUCAGAAUUCUUGUAAUUGCUGAUGAAGUUUAUGGACACCUUGCUUUUGGGGAUAAACCGUUUGUGCCUAUGGGAGUGUUUGGAUCAACUGUUCCUGUUCUUACUCUUGGCUCUCUAUCAAAGAGAUGGAUAGUACCCGGAUGGCGGCUUGGUUGGUUUGUGACAACUGAUCCCUGUGGCAUGUUUAGAAAGCCUAAGAUUGUUGAGCGCAUCAAGAAAUAUUUUGAUAUUUUGGGUGGUCCUGCAACCUUCAUUCAGGCUGCAGUUCCGAGCAUCCUUCAGAAAACUGAAGAGGCCUUCUUCAAGAAAACUAUCUAUUUACUGAAGCAGUCAUCAGAUAUUUGUUCUGAUAGGAUAAAUGACAUCCCUUGUAUUAUUUGUCCAAGCAAAGCAGAGGGAUCUAUGGCUGUAAUGGCGAAACUAGACAUUUCACUACUGGAAGAUAUUAGUGACGACAUUGAUUUUUGUUUCAAGCUGGCCAAAGAGGAAUCUGUUAUCUUUCUUCCAGGAACAGCAGUAGGGCUGAAAAACUGGAUACGAAUUACAUUUGCUGCUGAUCCACCUUCUCUUGAAGAAGCUUUUAGAAGGACAAAAUCUUUCUAUCAAAGGCAUGCCAGAAAAUCAUAG